AUGCCCGAAUUUCCCGAUGAACCAUCAUACGACGGUGCUGAUCCAUCUCAGGACACACCACCCGCACCUCCGGUUAAUGAUCUGACCACUAGUACAACGAUCAGAAUGGAAGGAAACGAUAAUACAACAACCACAGCGAUCGAUCCAAUGACACCAUCCACGGAGAUCGAUCCAAGCACAACAACCACAGCGAUCAAUCCAAUCACAACAACCAGAGCGAUCAAUCCAAUAACGGCAUCCACGGAGAUUGAUCUAAUGACGGCAUCCACGGAGAUCGAUCCAAUGACGACAACCAGAAGAUCGAUCCAAUGA